AUAAAGGAUGCCUUGUUUUCUUUCACCUCUCACCUCUCGCCGCUAGUGGUCGCUGUGGGGCAAGGCGCUGUGACAGCGGCGGCCGUCAGCUGUAAACUUCCUGUCUGAACUUCCGGUGCCUCUCUUCCAACCGGUCCGAGUCAACAUGGGGCGAGUCAGGACCAAGACCAUCAAAAAGGCCGCCAGGGUCAUCAUCGAGAAGUACUACACCCGUCUGGGCAGUGACUUCCACACCAACAAGAGGGUGUGCGAGGAGAUCGCCAUCAUCCCCAGCAAGCCUCUGCGGAACAAAAUUGCAGGGUAUGUGACACAUCUGAUGAAACGUAUCCAGCGCGGUCCGGUCAGAGGAAUCUCCAUCAAGCUGCAGGAGGAGGAGAGAGAGAGGAGGGACAACUAUGUUCCAGAGAUAUCUGCUCUGGACCAGGAGCUCAUCGAGGUCGAUCCAGACACUAAGGAAAUGCUGAAGAUGCUGGACUUCGGUGGCCUUUCCAAUCUUCAAGUCACUCAGCCAACUAUUGGAAUGAACUUCAAGACACCACGAGGACUGUAAAAUCAUGUGUAGUCAUCUUAAUAAAGAGAAAUGAUUAUUAAGGAUCA